AUGCUAUAUCAAGAUGGCAAUCGCUUAUUACAUGGGUUUCCGCUUGUAUGGGCAGCAAAGCAUAGCUCCGAAGUGACUAUCCGCCGAGCAUUUGAUGCUGGAGCUUCCACACACUCCUGUCAUUACAACCUGAGACGAUCGCUUGUUGCAGCAAUAGACAACGGCCAUGAAAAUAUCGUGGGCCUGAUACUGGAACAGAACAAAGAUCCUAGUAUAUUCAUACAAAAGCAGAGCUGCAAGCUGUGUGAGGAUCAGAUAUCCAAGGCCGCCUCAACAGUUUUAAGUCCACUAUACUUAGCGGCAGUGCGUGGUAACGUGGCCAUUGUCAGGCUUUUGCUUGACUAUAACAUCACCUUUGAACAUGACCACAACGACUGCGGUGAAACAUGCUUCGAUCUUGUAUUUGGGGCAGUAGACAACGGACAUCUAGCCGUCGUGCAAGUUCUCAUCGAGGCUGGCUACGUUUUGAACGACGAACGAAGCUUAUACUGGCAUAAGCCACCCCUCUAUUCUGCAGUCCUUCAAGGUAAUACAAAAUUGGUUGAAUACUUGCUGGAUAGAGGGGCUGAAUCCUCUCCUGCAGAGGAGCCACCUCUUAUGUGUGCCGCUAGAAAUGGUCACCUUGAAACUGUCAAUUUGCUCCUGGAUCGGGGAGAAGACCCUAAUACGAGAUACUGCGGUUCAACGGCUCUUUCCUGUGCGGCUGGCAAUGGCUAUGUGGAGAUUGUGGAGGUGCUCUUAGACCGUGGAGCGGAUCCCGAUCCUGAUAUGGCUCAAGGUUGGCUGAGUACACUCUAUUAUGUAGCUAUACAUGGCCAACUACAAACUCUCUAUAUUCUGCUGGCACGUGGAGCGGACAUACACCCCAAGAAUCUGGAGAAAAAAUGUUACCUGUUAUCGUCGAUAGUCGGAGAUGGAAAUUGGAGAUCGCUUGAGAGGCAGAAGCAGGCUGCGUUCGCUGAGUUUUUUCGAACCUUCGUCGACUUUGGGAACAUGAUAGAUCACGAAGAUGAUGAAGCACAAGCCGAGGUUCUAUAUAUAGCAAUUGGCUAUGGGUGGGAUGAUAUUGUGCAGCGUGUGCUGGAGCAUGGCUUUUCUGCGAAUGGGACCUAUCGUCGCUGUGAGACGCGGUAUGAUAGGCCUAUACUCCAAGCCAUUGACAACAGCCAUAUUGGAAUUACCAGACUCCUCAUCGAGCACGGCGCCAAUAUACAGGAAUACCAGGGAGAAAGCAGGGAUGAAGGCGCACUUUCCUUGGCAAUCCAAUUGGGCAAUGUGCAAAUUGCAGAGCUUUUGAUUGACCACGGGGCCGACGUAAAUUGCAUAAGUAGCCGUGGAGAAACAGCUUUGGCCGAGGCUGCGAUGGUAUCUGCAGACGUGUUUCGCAUGUUGCUUGAUCGAGGAGCUGAUCCAACGAGAACUCCAUUAUAUGCUGAUGGCACUUUCAAUCCCUAUUCUGGCGAAAACGCUAUCACGAGAGCAUUGUCCUUCGGUGCAGUGGAUGCGGUACAGAUAUUGAUGAAGAGAGGCAUUGCAUUAGAAAUGCCUCCAUUGCCCAGGCAGCCAAAGAGGCCCAAGAACCACCAGUGGCCCAAUUUUCUAAAGAAUCUGAGUCCCAAGAAAUUGAUAGAAGAGGCAUUCUUGGGAGGAGAAGAAAUGGCGGAACUAGUCUUGGAUCAGGGGAUAUUGAAAAUUGACCCUGAGAGCAACGAGGCGCAAGAAGGAUUAGUGCACGCUGUCCAAUCUGGGAUGACUGGAGUGGUGAAGCGACUACUCGCACAAGGAGUUGACCCCAAAAUACCUUCACUCUACACUCACCUAUCUUUGCUGGUGAUUGCAACAUAUGCGCCUCCCGCUGACGGUGGCAUUAAUGCUGCAGCCAUUGUUGAUCUGCUCCUAGCACAUGGUGCUGAUAUCGAGGAACGGUGUUAUCCUGGCAUGACUCCAUUGUACCGGAUCAUCAUGCAUAUCGAUGCCAAAAAGGAGUGGUUUUCCGAUCAAACAGGGGUACGACUCUUGCUAGAGAGAGGUGCAGAUCCCUUCGCGGAGCAUGGCCACUGGUGUGUACUCGUGACAGAGACAAGCGAUGCCCACACUCAUUCCGACUCACCAUUCAUGAGUAGACGGUCAAUCCCCAGUCCCAACACUAGGACCUCGGAUGCCUGUCUGCCCAGGAGAAUGGUUCAAUUCGUGCGCAAUAGUUUGGCAGGCCGAGAUGGACAUCAUGAUGACCCAUUCCUAGCAUGUAUGAGACUGGGCAACAAAGCAGUACUCAAGCUGAUGCUUGACGCAAUUGAUCGGAAAGAAAUUCCCUUGGGGGAGUUGAAGGAUAGGCUUGACCGAGCCCGGAUUGAAGCGACCGAGAAUGGGAACCCGCAACUUCUACCCAUUCUAGAGGAUUAUUACUGGACAAAAAGGCAUCCGUGCAAGUAA